GUCACGUGGCAUCAGUCAUGUCUUAAAGGCCGCACUCCGAAUCGAAACGGAAUGGAGCUCGGCUUAGUUAUCUACACUGUCGCGACAGCGAUCGGCUGGAUCCAGUUGGCCGGGGGUCAGAGCUCGCCGCUGAUCGACUCCGUGUGCCAGGCGGUGCAGCGGCAGCAACUCCAGUGCCAAGUGCAUCGCGUGGAGACCGCCGAUGGCUACCUACUGAGUGUGCACCGCAUUCCCGCUCCCCGGAAUCCGCAGUGUCCCCAGCACCUGCGACCGUUCCUUCUGAUGCACGGCCUCCUCGGAUCUGCGGGGGACUUCGUCGGGGGAAGGGGCAGAUCCCUGGCUCUGGAGCUCCACGCCCGCUGCUUCGACGUCUGGAUGGGAAAUGCCAGGGGCACAACCUACUCCCGCGAGCAUCGCACUCUGCCGACAAGCGACGCCCGCUUCUGGCAGUUCAGCUGGCACGAGAUUGGCGUCUACGACCUGCCCGCCAUCGUGGACUACGUGCUGGGAAGGACGAGCCGCCGGCAAGUGCACUACGUCGGCCACUCCCAGGGCACCACGGUGCUCCUCGUGCUACUCGCCCAGCGGCCCGAGUACAAUUCGCGGUUCGCCAAUGCGGCUCUAAUGGCGCCUGUGGCCUUUCUCAAGCACCUCAGCAGCCCGCCUCUCCGCUUGUUGGCCAGCGACAGUUCCGCGGUCACGCUGCUCCUCAACAAACUUGGCCUCCACGAACUUCUGCCGGCGACGGCGCUGACCCAGGUGGGCGGACAGUUCUUCUGCGCCGCCUCCCGGCCCACCUACGCCCUCUGCACCCUCUUCACCUCCCUCUACGUGGGCUUCAGCGACUAUCCGUUGGAUCGUAGCAUCUUGCCCCGGAUCCUGGAGACGACGCCGGCCGGCAUUUCGCGGGGUCAGUUGCAGCAUUUUGGCCAGCUCAUCAAUAGUGGCAAGUUCCAGCAGUACGACUACCGCUCGCCGAGACUGAAUGCGCUGCGAUAUGGCCAAACCACGCCCCCCUCGUAUCAGUUGGCCAAUGUCCGCCUGCAGCUCCAGAUUUUCCACGGCAACCGGGACGCGCUGUCCAGUCAGGCGGAUGUGCAGCGCCUGGUCGGCGAACUGCGAAACAGCAUCACGCAGAUGUAUCAGGUGCCCGGCUAUAAUCACAUUGACUUUCUGUUCGCCUCCUCAGCCCCGCAAAUGGUCUACGAGCGAAUAAUUCAACAGGGCUGGCAGUUGGACGCAGCAGCGGUGGCGCUUCAGGCCAGUUAA